AACUAUGCACUUCAAACAUAGGGGAUAUCUGUUGGAUACCGCAACCGUAGCGAACAGUCGCGUUCAAACCCUGCUACACCACGGUUAAGAGUGUACGCAUGCGCGCGCUUCAAAACGCUCAACGCAGUGAGUUUUCGUUAUUCAAUUAUACGCUAGUUCAAUUAGAGUUUGUGAAGUGACGACUCAUAUAGAAUGCUAAUGAGAAAGUAGCAUGUACAACACAGCUGACUACGGUUUGUGCAACGCUGCGUGAUCUUUUGUAUAGAACGCAAGAGAAGUGAAGCAAAAAAUAGCAUAAACUACAGUGUCGAGAAGCCUAUUAAAAGUGCAGUAGUGGCGAUUUUCCGUAGAAUUGCACGCAAACCGAAAGACAAGCAUUCAAAGUGUGCGUUUGUGUCAUAAUCAAAAAACAAAUCGGUGCUAAACGCAAUUCCAUUAAAAAAUUACAACAAUAAAAAAGUGUCUGUUGUUCGUGUUCAAUAUUUGUGUUUAUUUAGAAGAGCUUUGAGCAAGUAACGCAUUCACUCAUGAAGCUUUUGCAACGCUUUGCUGCGUUCAAAAAGUUAUCGGCUUCACCGCAAAAAAUCAGCAACAUUGCAACCCAUCAACGCUUCGGGCCAAAAUAAUGAGUGUAAUCCUGUUGUCAUUGCCACACCGUUACAAGCGCCUACUGCAAGCAAUGACACUCGCCGUGGCAAUAAUUUACACCACACUGGUGCUGUAUCAGAGCGCCUACGGAUAUCCUGACUUACAGCUGCCGACGCAAAAGCACUACAUAGUUGAGACACAAACCUCUCCUGCUGCUGCAGCUCAGACCCAGUCCUCCACCACCAGCAGAUCAGUAGCGGCCGCGCAGCAAACCUCGGUUCACACCAAACCGCUACGUAAUUUAAAGAGCCCACAACAACAAAAGCUCAAAUUAUUGGACGAACAAAAGCAACAUGAGCAGAAACAGCAACGCAAACUGCUGAAGAAUCUGCCAAAAUCUGCGCUGUACUCAAAACAGCCCGCUCAUCAAACGGUAAACGCGAGGUCGGCGGUAGCACCUGCACCACCGCCAUUCGUCCCGUCGCAGGCAGCUCCGCAUGCACAAACUUCGUACAUCAUUCGCAAGGACAUAAAAAGUUUCAAUUUCUCCGACAUCGAAAUCAACGAGGAAGACGCGACGGCGGCGGCGCGGCUGGACGACUUGGCGCGUCGCAGUCGCAACGGUGAACUACUGCACGAUCUGUGGCAGCGCGCCGUUACGGCGACGCCACAGCCGCCGAUCACUGAACUCGAUGACAUUUUCAUUAGCGUCAAGACAACGAAAAAUUAUCACGACACUCGUUUGGCGCUGAUCAUCAAGACGUGGUUCCAAUUGGCGCGCGAUCAGACUUGGUUCUUUACGGAUACCGAUGACGCUUACUAUCAGGAGAAAACAAAGGGACAUCUAAUUAACACAAACUGUUCGCAGGGACACUUUCAGGAAGCUUUGUGCUGCAAAAUGUCUGCGGAAUUGGAUGUCUUCCUGGCCAGUGGCAAGAAGUGGUUUUGCCAUUUCGAUGACGACAACUAUGUGAAUGUUCCACGUUUGGUCAAACUCUUGGACGAGUACAGCCCUUCAGUUGAUUGGUACCUCGGCAAGCCGAGUAUUUUUUCGCCGCUGGAGAUACAUCUGGACAGUUACCCCACAGCAUCGCAUAAAAACAAGACAGCGAGCGAGAAGAUUUCUUUUUGGUUCGCAACUGGCGGCGCUGGCUUCUGUCUGAGUCGUGCGCUCACUAUGAAAAUGUUACCAAUAGCCGGCGGUGGUAAAUUCAUUAGUAUCGGGCGGAAAAUACGAUUUCCUGACGACGUCACCAUGGGCUUUAUUAUCGAACAUCUAUUAAAAGUGCCGCUGCGCAUUGUCGAGAACUUCCAUUCGCAUCUGGAGCCCAUGGAGCACAUACGUCCGGACACUUUUCCGGAUCAGGUUUCCUUCAGCUAUGCGCACAUGCGAAAUCAGUGGAAUGUCGUCAAGGUGGACGGUUUCGAUUUGGCAAAGGAUCCAAAGCGCUUCUACUCGCUUCACUGCAAAUUGUUUCCUUACUUCAGCUUUUGCCCACCCAGAUGAUUCUGCUGAGACCUCGAGCGCACAGUAGACGCCAGCAAGAAACUUGCAGAAGUUUUGUAACUAAAACUCAAAACUGUGAUGUAGAUUAAGGUGUAAAAAAGAUUCCCGUGUACAUAAAAAUAUAAGUGUAGAGUUGGCCUUAAACACAACAAAAAACAAAUUUAAAACGACAAUAAAUAUUGCUAGCGAAAUUUAUGUCAUCAUCGCAAGCAAUCUUAAACUAAUACUGUAAUGAUUACAAAAAUGUAUGUAAAAUAUAACAAAUCAACACUUGUAUUAUAGAUUAUAAGCAGUGGCAAUAGUAAAUUACUGAAUUCUUCCAAAAUAUCUAUUCUAAUUAAGUGCUUCCUUUAAUUCUUAAGAAUUAUGCUAGAUGUUUUUUUUUUAGAAUUUCUAGUCUCUGUAAGAGAAUAAAUGCAAACAUAUGUAUAUGCUUCAAUGUUAUUGUUGAAAUUUGCGCAAUAUAUUAUAUUCAUUGUAAAUAUAUAGUAUCACAUUUGUAUAUAGUAAGUAUAUACAAACAGAAAAUUGGUAAUUUUAGUCUUCCAUUUGCAUAAACUAUUCCACAAAAUCAGAAAAGCAUUCACAAAGCAAAAUACAUUUAGUCCUUAUAUACCUAUUUAGCUAUAAGUAUAAAGAGGUGUGUUAAAUAUGUAGUUAUAAUGAUUGAUAAUAUAUCUUUUAGACGGAAAUAAAAA